AUGUCGGACCAUGAGCGCCACUUUACGAUCAGGUGCAAAUAUGUCCUACUUCACCUUCACUCAAGUGUCAUCCAUUAUCCUCUCCAGGUGUUUUACACCCCCUCAGCUGGAAUGCACAUGCCUCGUAUCGUAGUGCCAAUGGAUUUCACCGGACCGCAGUAUAUCCCUGCGUGGUCUCACACACCUGAGCGCCGCUUCCAUCCACAAUCCGAACCGCCCGGUCCGCUUGUGCAAAGUGCCAAGAUCGUAAAUCUGCUGUAUUUCAUGAUGGGCUUCCUUCAAUCUUGCCUGGAGCAGCUCGUCAGGCUUGCUGCACUGGCACCGUUUAACCCCUUUGAGGACCUUGUCCAACAGCCUUUCUUCGGAUCCGGCGACACCUCUCAACAUCCCAUUGUUCCGGCCGGGGCUGAGAACACUAUUAUCCACCCCGAACUCGCGUCUCCUGGGUUUCAGUGUGUGUAUCCCAGCAGAUGGAAGGGCUGUAAUACUCCUGAAUCGCGCGACUGUUGGCUUCAAGAUACAAGUUCAGGCCAUGGAUUCGGAGGCUAUUCACAGAUUGAUAUCCACACUAAUUACGAGAGUGUGGAUGCCACACCGCCAGGCAUCACCCGAGAGUACUUCCUUGAGGUUGAUGGAGACGUGACCCUAUUCGCGGAUGGAUUCGAGAAGACCAGCGGGAAGGUCUUCAACAAACAAUAUCCCGGCCCGCUGAUUGAGGCAUGCUGGGGGGACGAGCUCGUCAUUCAUGUCACGAACAAUUAUGAUAAAAACGGGACCACUGUUCACUGGCAUGGAAUCCGUCAGCUGAACACAAACCAGAUGGAUGGUGUCAAUGGUGUCACACAAUGCCCUAUUGCUAAGGGAGACACCUUUACUUACAAGUUCCGGGCGCUUCAAUACGGCCAUACUUGGUAUCAUUCUCACUACUCACUUCAGUACCCGGACGGUCUUGCAGGACCACUGGUUAUUCAUGGCCCUUCAAGUAGCAAUUGGGACAUAGACCUCGGCCCAGUGCUCGUACAAGACUAUGUCCACGACUCAGCUUUUGUCCGCUACCAAGAGGAGAUCGCUCCCAUCCCGGGCAGUUUUGCCCGAGCUGAUAGUGUUGUCGUCAACGGCCACGGUCAUGAUCCCUCAACUGGCAAUGGGACAUAUUUCGAGACAACAUUCGCGCCCAAGAAGAAGCACGUCCUAAGAUUAAUCAACGGCUCGGCUGGCACGCAUUACGUUGUCUCGAUUGAUAACCACACCAUGACCGUCAUCGAAAAUGAUCUAGUGCCAAUCACGCCGUACCAGACAACCGCCCUUAGCAUCGGCAUUGGCCAACGAUACAUGGUUGUCGUUGAAGCCGACCAGCAGCCUGGCGACUACUGGAUUAGAACACACCCUGCCACGGGAUGCAACGGCUUCAACCAAUCUCUCCCCUGUGGCGGCAUCUUCAACCAGACGUGCUCACCUUUCGAUGUGAGGACAGGUAUCAUCCGCUACAACACAUCUUCCGGGCCCGACAACAAGCUUCCCACCAGCGAGCCCUGGGACUACCAUCACGACUGUGUCGAUGAGCCUUACGAAAAGCUGCAGCCCAUUGUGCCUUGGGCCAUCGACCACCACCCGGCAAAUGAGAUUAGCGAGAACAGAUUCGCGGCGGCACACCAGAACGUUCCCAGCUCAAAAGAGACCGGUGGUUACAACCAUUGGAUGCUGACGCCUGAUUUCUUGUGGCUUGACUUUGGCAACCCGACCAUCCUGAACCUGGACAAUGACACAUAUGAUGCAAAUCCCAACUUCCACAUUGUCAAAGACGAUUUCGAGUCCGGAUAUGUCUUCAUGGUCAUCGAAGCCUCGGUCAACACUACCAUUCCAUUGCCAGCUAAUACCAGCAUCAUCCCAAUAUCGCAUCCUCUCCACUGGCACGGCAUGGAUAUCGUCCUGCUGGCCCAGAGCAACACCACCUUUGACCCGGCCGCCAGCUUCUCCACAUUCAACUUCCUCAACCCGCCGCGCCGAGACGUCGUGCUCCUGCCGGCAGGGGGAUACAUCGCGAUCGCAUUCAAGCCGGACAACCCCGGCGCAUGGCUGGUGCACUGCCAUAUCGCCUGGCACGCCAGUGCUGGGCUCGGCCUCCAGAUCUUGGAGCGCCAGGACGAUAUUGUUGGAGCUCUGGGUGGACCGUCUGCCCUUACGGACACCGAGAGGGUGUGCCAGAACUGGAUCCAGUAUAAUGCGCAGCACCCGGUCGAUCAGGAGGAUUCGGGGAUUUGA